UAUUUUCUUCAAUUGUCGAGUAUUCUCUUCAUAUUUGACUGUGAUUGAUCAAUUUUACACUGCUUACGAUAUCGGCAUACAAUUAUUCUGUAGAAUUAUUACGGUUUAUGACUUAAAACACCGAUAUAUGACGUAUUAUAGGACGGGCCUAAUAUACGACAAGAAGCUUCUAAUUUCUACCGCGAUAUAACGUCGUCACCGUCAACGCGGAGUUCGUGGCUGACUAGGAAGGGCCCUUAAGUAAAGAAUUUCAUGAAUUUAAAACUGAAAGCAAACAACAAUUCAAUAAAAAUAUAUAAAAAAUGAAGGAACUAAUUGCAAUCUUAAAAGAGAAAUGCUCAAAUACUGCGAAUAACGAAAUCGCAGAUGACUUAUCAUUGUUGCCCGAUUUCCCAUUAUCAACCACUGAAGAAUUUUUCGAAUUUAAUAAUAGAUUAAAAAAUGAUGAAGCCAUUCAUAAACGUUUUAAGCAAGCUAUUAUGCAAAUAGGCGGUGAUACAAACCAAAAAAUCGUAUCCAACAUUUUGUCACACACAAUGGCAUAUGAACUGGGGCAUAAAAUGUCUUGGAUCGGUGCUAAAGGGUCGAUUGCUAUCAAAAAUUCUUCUUUUAUUAAUAUUGUAGUUGAGUAAUCAGUGCCAAAAAUAAAAGGUAUAUUAAUGGCACCAUCGUAGAAAUUCGAAAACAUGUCAAGAACUGGCUGCAACACGCAGGAGACAAAAUGCGCUAUUAUACUUGAAGAAAGCACAUCAGUAAUUAUUAUAAUGACUAAGUAACAUUUUACUAAAUAUAUAUUUUUCAUUUACUGUA